CAGAUCAUUGGGGGUCACGAGGCUGCCCCCCACUCACGCCCAUACAUGGCCUCACUGCAGAAAGCUGGCUCCCACCUGUGCUGGGGGGUCCUCGUGCACCACCAGUGGGUGCUGACAGCUGCCCACUGCCUGGCCAAGCCAUUAGGACAGAUGAGGCUGGUGCUGGGGCUGCACCACCUCCACGACCUCCACCUCGCCUUUCACAUCGGGAGGGCUGUCCAACACCCUGACUACAAGCUGGCCCCAGACCUGGAGAACGACCUUGCACUGGUUAAGCUGGACAGGAAGGUGAAGCCCAGCAGGACCAUCCAGCCCCUGGCCCUGCCUAGAAGGCCCCAGGCCAUGGUGGCGGGAGCCUGGUGCCACGUGGCCGGGUGGGGGCCGAUCCCCCAGGGUGGGCAGCUGGCCCAGGCCCUGCAGGAGCUGGAUGUCUGCUUGCUGGACGCCAGAAUGUGCAAUAACAGUCGUUUGUGGCAUGACAGCAUUAUCCCUCACAUGGUCUGCCUAGCUGCUGACUCCAACAACCAAGCCCUCCGCAAGGGUGACUCAGGCAAGACCCUGGUGUGUGGCAAAGGCCGACUAGCUGGGAUCCUGUCCUUCAGCUCUAAGACCUGCACUGAUGUUUUCAUGCCUCCCGUGGCCACGACCAUGGCCCCCUAUGUGUCCUGGAUCCAGAAGAUCAUUGGCCGCUGGCCAUCCCAGCCUGUGGCCUGA